UCGAUAAGAAAGUAAUCAAUCCUGGACUGAGUAUGAUGGACAUGAGAAAAAACGAAUACUCCCUACGUAGUGGAUGUGUUCCCCAACUAAAAGCAGCAGAUUUGGGCAAGGCCGAACAUUUUCAGCUGCGCAGGCAUGAACUUUUGUAUGAACAGCGGGAUAUCAUAUCCUGUGAUGCAUGUGACAGCAUUGCGCAACAUCUCAGACAGGCUCAGAAGAGUGGUUCAGAAGUGAAGACACUGCUGGAGAAAGGUUGCAGCUCCUGGUCUGGAACCCAAAGUUCUCUGUGUGAAAACUUCGUUCAAUCUUACAAAAAAGAGCUUAGCAAAUUGCUUGAAAAGUCCCAGGAGGAAAAGGACAUUUGUUGGGAACUGGACCUCUGUGUAAGGAAACAGACUGUACGAAUGCUUGGACGGGUUGUAUGUACUUUGGGACCAGCGUACUGGUGUAAGAGCCUACUUACAGCCACCAAGUGUACUGCUGUUGAUUACUGUAAGAGACGCCGCUGGAAACAGGGCUAAUUUCAUAUCACUGGUGGAAGGCAACAGAAAUUGAAUACUUAAAAAAAUGCAAAGGCUCUUCCUUUAGUACCAGUUAAAUGAUGAUUCUGCUUGUGUGUUUGCAUGUUUCCUUUAAGCAAUUUUGUGUUGCUGUAGCUUGUGCAUUCAAUGCAAUCUCUUUUAUUGUGAGAUGUUACAGAGACGAGAUUAUUGGUAAUCCUUUACUUCCAUCGAAUCAACAUUGCCAGAUGCCAUAUACGCAGAGUUUCAAUGACAAAUAUUGAUUGGGGUUUUGAUUUCAUCAACUGUAAAAAUUCAGCAGACUAAAGUGCUUUAAGAUCAUGUUCUGUUUCUUAAAU